UCCGGCAUUUAUACCCCAUGGCUCAGCGUUGAGAUUAAAAUCUUUUCCCCGCCCUGCCCUUUCAUCACCCCACCCGGUAGAUGAUCCCUACCUACGGUUCAAUCCGCCAUGGAACGGCUGAAUGAGAGUGUGCAGCCCGAGAAAGCGGAUGGAGUGACAACAGCCAUCACCGCGACAGGGCCCAUCGACGACGAGGCCCGCCCUGAUGUCUUCUCUUCCACCGUUCAGGAAAUCCUCUUUGUCGCCGUGGCGACCAUGGCCAUCGCCAUGUCCUCGCUCGUGAGCGGCGCCGUCACCGUUAUCACGGCCCAAGUGCAGAAUGACCUGGGGAUGACCACGGCGGAAUUGACCUGGCUGAGCGGGUCCUCCUCACUGGCCGCCGGUUCCUUCCUGCUAUUCUUCGGCCGCUUAGCUGAUCUCUUCGGUCGGAAGACAUUGUUCCUGGGGAGCAUGGUCCUUUUCGCCGUCUUCUCCCUUGCCGCCGGGUUCAGCAAGACACCCCUCCAGCUGGACAUCCUGAACGGCGUCAUGGGCCUGAUGUCGGCGGCCUCUGUUCCCCCGGGCCAAGGGAUGCUCGCCAACAUCUACCAGCGCCCAUCCAAGCGCAAGAACCGCGUGUUCGCCUGUUUCAGCGCGGGUAACCCGAUGGGUUUUGUGUUCGGCAGCGUCUUCUCGGGAAUCGCCACGCAGCUCUUCAACUGGCGCGCCAGCUACUUCCUGCUGGCCAUCAUCUACGUGGUGGUGGUCGCGAUCGCGAUCCUCAGCGUGCCCGUGGACCACACGCCCAAGACGACGCUGUCCGUGCAAGCGAUCAAGCAAUUCGACGUGGUGGGCACACUGCUGACGAUCGCGGGGAUCGGAAUGUUCUCCGGCGCCCUAAGUCUCGGCUCCGACGCCCCACAAGGCUGGAAAACACCGUACGUCCUCGUACUGCUGAUCCUCGGCGCACUCUUCAUACUGGGCUUCAUCAUCUGGGAGAAAUGGUACACGUACCCGCUAGUACCGAUGAGCAUCUGGGGUGACCGGGACUUCAGCCUGGUGAUCGCGAUCCUGCUGCUGGGGUUCCUGGCGUUCCCGAUCAUGUCAUUCUGGGUGGCGCUGUUUAUGCAGAAGAUCAAGGGGUACUCGCCGCUGAUGGUAGCGGUGCACAUGCUGCCGAUGGCGAUCGGCGGGAUACUGGUGAAUAUCGUCGCGGGGCUGGUCAUGCACCGCGUGUCCAACAGCCUGCUGAUGGCGAUCGGCGCCGUGGCCUAUGUCGGCGCCUUCCUGCUCAUGGGCUUGCAGCACUCCGCCAGCUCUUACUGGGCCUUCAUCUUCCCUGGCCUGCUGCUGGCUGUCGUCGGCGCCGACUUCGAGUUCUGCGUUGCCAAUAUGUACGUUAUGAGCUCGCUGCCCCCGGCUCAGCAGAGUAUCGCUGGCGGCAUCUUGCAGACUGUCACUAAGCUGUGUGUGACUAUUGGCAUGGGCAUUAGUACUGCUAUCUAUGAUGCGGUGGUCUCGAGGGGGUUGGCGGAGGGAGGGUACUUUGCUGGUGAUCCCAUCGAGCCGUAUAGUGCUACUUUCUUGUACUGUGCUGGUAUUGCUGCGUUGGGGAUUCCGCUGUGUGCGUUCUUGCGGAUUGGGAGUCAGGGGAAUACGGGGGUCAAGGAGGGGCUGGAUCAUGAUGGUAGGAGUAAGGAGAGUGUGGUCGAGGAGAAGGGUCGUGCUGAGGUGUGAGGCAGCUGUUGCACAUGUUGAAGGAUACUACCUCAUGUGGGACGUAUAGUGUAUUGUUUAAUAAUUGAGGCCAUGAACAUGGCAUCUUGCACCGUAA